AUGCCUGUGGACUCUCUUCCAAACUCUAUUUUGGCCCACAUGUUAGCCAUUAACAAUGUGCCUCCUCCUCCACUUCGCAGUUUACCACGCCUGAGACUGAGCAAAACCAUUAAUUAUGGUCAGCUGAAUGCCUUAUGCCACAUUAGAGGACUAAAGAGCGACCAGCAUUCUUCCCUUCGUUUGGAAGCUCACGAUGCAUUCAUCAAGCAAUAUCCUCAAAUAUACCUGCAUGAAAAAACAGUAUUGCCUAAAGUUCCUCACCUGGCUGACAAAAGAAAAUCUGCUGUAAGGCUAGCAGAAAAGAAACACCAACCUGCUAUGCCACACAACAUAUCUGCGUAUCUUAGAGAAGCUCGCGGUGGCCCUUCUAUUGAUGAAGAAGAAAUAACUGAAGAAAAGUUUCAGGAGUUCUUAAAUAUCUUAAAGAAGCUGCCAGUUUAUAGAACAAAACAUGAACAUAACAUGGUGUGGAAGAUUUUGAAGAAUAUUCCAGCGUUAACCUCUCAACUUAGCAAGGAGGAUCUGAAAAUCCUGAGUAAGAAAGUCAUGUCUGAAACCUGGAUCAAAGCUAGCACAGUGACUGGUGAUGAUGGACUUUAUGUCUUACUGACGGGCCAGGCUCGACGUCGUAUAAAGGUGUUUAGAAGUCUGAUUGAAGAAAAUGACUCAAUCAUCACUUCACUCUACAGGGAUAGUUUUCUUUUUGAUGCAGAGUUGAAAGAUUCUACAGUGGCUCAGCUGUAUGUCCCUUCAAAGAAAUUAACAGUGAAAAAGUGGGGUGUCUUUGGAUCACUGAAAGGUGGACAUGAAAUGAAUGAAAGUGACCGUUCAGUUGUGACAGAUUAUGACUGUGAAAUCCUGAAAAUACCUGCAAAGGAGUAUGAGAAGUUAGAAUUGGAAAAAGUAAAACAUGAAAAUGCAAAAAAGUUGAAAUUAAUCCGCAAGUGUCCUUUUUAUGAAACCUGGCCUACUUUAUCCAUAUGGGAGCUAGUUUCAAUUAGUAAAUUCAAAACUUUUCCUCCAGGUCAUGUGUUAGUAGAAAGUGGAACUGUCAUUUCAUUUGUGGGUUACAUCAGUUCUGGAUAUUGUAACAUUUAUAGAAAUAUUGUUGGACUUGUGGACCUACCAAUAAACAAAGUGAAAAAAAUGAAAAAACGUGUUUAUAUGGGUAAACUUAAGGAGAAGGAGUCCUUUGGUGAGGUCAGUAUUCUUCUUCAAGCUCCCUUCACAUGCACAAUUAUUACUGGACGAGAAGUUGAGAUGGCAGUUAUUGAAGAUAAGGACAUCCAGGGUAAAUGCAUGAAUGUCAUUUAA